AUGGAUGGAUUUACUCUUGCCAACCAUAUUGCUUCCUGUGCUGAGGAAACCAUCGCAUACAACAAUAUCCCUACAUUUCUCAUCGGACCCUACUUCCCCCAUGAAACCCUGACAAUCAAAGAAUUUAUUUCAUUCAAGCUUCCUCCCCUUCAAACCUGCAUAAAGGGCCCAAGCUCAUGCCUCAGCAACAAACCGCCAUCUACAAAUAUUCUCUCAGAAACUGACAUUCGCUUGGUGGAUCAUCCUAGCCAACAUGAUAUGAAAAAGCUCAUCGCAGAGUUUGACAUAGAUGACGAGAACUCACUUACCUCAGUUGAGAUUGGUUCAUAUUGCAUCCCAAUUGUCAUUCUUGAAAUUUGGAGAGUUCACCUCCGGCUAUGGGAUCUUCAGAACAAAGGUGGACUCAGAUGGAUGGGGUGCCUAGCAAUGCAAUGGCCUAGUCAGCAGUGUGCAAUAAGUGCAGCACAGCAGAGACUCACCUCAUGCCAAUGGAAUGAUGAGAUCCGAGGGUUUUCAAGGAUUGGAAGGAGUGCCGUUGGUGUCUUAAUGCGAUACCUUUCUACCUCAUGCCUGGCCACAACUGACAUUACUCACCACAUCGAGAUCUUACAAAGUGAUGUGGAAAAAACGAACCUGACAGCCAGACUCAUAUCUCCACUUGAGGUACAACACCUUUGUCAUAUCCAUCCCUGGCCAUCGACUUCCGAUCCUUCCAAUCCCUCCGGUCUACCUCCACUCCUUCUUCACUAA